AUGUAUCUUAAAUUAGACUUGUUAUUACCUAUUUCAAGUCUUUCAACUGGUUUAUGUCGAAAAACCUCAACACUAACUGAUAGUGUAACAAAAUCAAAAUUUGAUAAUAAUUAUGCUUGUGGUGAAAGUCUUAUUGAUGGUAUUAAACGUGCUAUAGAUAUCAUGAUUGGAGGAAAAGUAAUAGUACUUAUUGGAUAUGUUAUUGUUACUGAAAUCGAUCCAAUUUGUGCUUUACAAGCUGUUAUGGAUGGUUAUCAAGUAACAACAAUGGCUGAAGCUUGUAAAAUCACAAUAGUUAUACAAUCGUUCAAAGAGUAUCAAUAG